CAUCCCGACGCUUAUCCACAGCCAGGGUGGUGUAAAGCAUUCCAAAAUGCCUCGAAUUUCAUCAGCAGAUCACGCAGGGCCGAGAGCAAAUCCAACGGCACCCAAAUUCCCACGCCAAUCGUCAUGACCGAAUCGGACAUCGCCCAGGCGACCCUUACGGCACUACGUGCCGCCGACUGGACGUGUACAGAACGCCAAAUACGACGGACUGUGGAAACCGCGUUGGGGUUGAAGCCAAAAGCUUUGGAUGAGGCGUCAAGUAAGAAAACAAUCAAAAGCAUCGUGGAGGCCUUCCUCAAGGACCCCGCCGCAUUCGCCGAGGAUACACCAACCAAACGAAGAUGGGGAGUCGGAUCGGAAGAAGGUGACGGGUCUGCAGGAAAAUCGGGGUCGGGGACAGAACAGGCCAAGGCGGACAAUGCGGCGGGUGUAGAUGGUGGGAAGGGGAAAGCGCGGCCGAAACGGGUGGUUGAUAGUGAUGACGAGGAUGAAGAGGAGGGGAAGAGCGACGGGGGGGUUAAGGACGGGGGUUCGGUCCGCAAGAAGGCAGCAAAGCGCGCGAACCGAAUCUUAGAUAGUGACGAUGAAGAGGAACCCGGCGGUAAGGACAGCGAGGAAGCGCCGGAGGAAGAAGAUGAGGAUAGGGAUGGUGAAGAGACGGACGAGAAACCGGCCAAAGCACCGCGGAAACGCACAUCGUCGACGAAAGGCGAGGGUGCGAGCAAGAAGCGAAAGUCAGAUCCGACCUCAAGGGGGAAAGGGGAUGGUGAGGAGAUUAAGGAGAAGGAUCAGAAGGCUAUUGCGUCGCUUAAAAAGUAUAUCGUUCAGUGCGGAGUGAAGAAGAAAUGGAGCACGGAGUUGGAUGGAAUGACUGGCCCGCAGCAAGUUCGGCAUUUACGGCGUAUCCUGGAGGAUUUGGGGGUGUCUGAACGGCCGACGUUAGAGAAAUGUAAACGGGUCAAGGCACAGAGGGAGUUUGCAGCCGAGAUCCAAGGUAAGUCUUCACAUGGGGAUUUCGCAUGCAGCCAUCAUUUUUACUGAUUGUGUCCAAAUCCCAUUAUAGAGCUGGACCCGGCCAAUAUCGUUUCCGAAGAGGGAAGUCCCAGGCGAAGCCGCCAAUAACAAUAGCUGUAGGAAUACCG